AUGAACAGGGCAAUACAUAAGAGAAAGCCUGGUUGGGUCCUCUUCUCGCGAUUCAAAAGUGACAUAAAGACCGUACCGAAGAGAAGCGAAGAUGAACAUUACGAAAUGAUAAGAACUGUUAUUCGACAGGAGAAGAAAGUAAAAUUUAAAAAUAUUUUCCUUGGGGUAAGUUUAAUCAAUGUUACCACUUUCCUGUUUACACUCUCCAAUUAUUAUACCAAAAGGAAAGAAAACCACUACGACAUCAACGACAUCGAAGUUGUGGACCAUAUUGUCUUAUCUGAAUUUGUGAGUUCCAUGGGGUUGAACAAUUUGCCCGUAUAUUUGCAAAAUAAAUUUUUUCAUAAAUUGGUAAAAAGCGUCCAAGACGAAAAUUACUCCUUUAAGGAAAAUGCCUUGUUGGGGCUACUCGAAUUAUUUUACAAAAAUAAAAGCGCCUUUAUAAAAAUUGAAAAGGAAAAUAAGGAGGAGCAUGAAGAAUUCAUAAAAUACAUUUUUGCAAAAUUGGAAGAAGACGCAAGUUUGGAAUACACAAAGAAAAAAAUUUAUUCCUGUAUUUUAUUUUACUACAUAAAGCAUUCCGAUCAUAAUUUGUCCCUGUCGUACGAACAUAUCCAGGAAAUAAGUUAUUUUGAUAAAAUUAAUUCUCCAUUCUGCAUAGACAAUAACAGUGUGUGUGUGCAGAAGAAGAACAGCUACAACAGUAUUAUGAACAAAAUUUAUUUGAAAUACUUCGAAAAUACCGUUAUUUACACCUUUUUUUUUUCGUUCGUAUUGCAUAAUAUUAAUGCAAAGGAGUACACUUUGAUGAAUUACCUUUUUGCUUCCAAGGACAUCCUUAGGAGCGUGUGCUCGAACUGCCUCAUCAAUGCCAUGUUGCUGGUCCAGAAAGCAGUCACGCAGAAUUUGAGCAUGCGCGGAGAUGAGCGGUCCUGCGUUAUUGCGGCUUUCCUCUUCAACCAGCUGAACUCGCUCGCCUUUUCCGCCUCCCUGUACAAGUGCAAAUAUGCGCUGGUCCCCCUGCUCUUCUCGCAAAUCGUGAAGGACAACUUUUUCCUCUGA